AUGGUGGGGAUUGUGGCCGCCAUCGACAGGCUGAGCGGACGAUCGCAAACUGGGUUUCAUAACAUCGUGGAACUGAUUUCUGGCCUUUUCGCAUAUUGUCUGCUCACACUGCUGAACACGCCCGGUGCCAGCGGGCAGAGAAAAUUCCGCCCUUUCUCUCCCCCACCUCCGGUCACUCACUUGCUCAGACGCCAGUGGGCCCUGCUCGUGUCGCUUGAACACUACAACAAUUGGUGCAGUCGGCAGGAUAAUCUACUAGUGGCCGGGGAAUCGGACGACCAGUCGCACCAAGUGGGUGAGUACCUUUAUUUAUCACUCAUAGGUCGGGUGUUAGUCUGGCGGCCGGACAAAUGGACCACUGAGAUCAAAUUUGGAGGCGGUGGUGCGGAACAAGUCAACGGUAAGUCCAUAAGAUUGGAUGAUUUUUUCCCCGAGUCGUAUCGCAUUGAUGUGCAAAGUGAUCGGCAACUCUUUUUUGAUACCUUCAGAGAUGGGCAGAUUUGGAUUUGUAAACCUUCCAAUUUACAAGAGGGCCGAGGGAUCUUCCUCCUGAAGUCUCGGGAAGACCUAGCAGUGUUCCAUGCAAAGUUGAAAAGUGUUGAGGAGAACCCAAUGUUCAAACCAUCUCACUAUAAUUCCAUCAUUCACAGAGUGGUGCAAAGAUACAUUGUCAAGCCCUUACUCUUAGAAGGUAGAAAGUUUGAUGUCCGCUCCUAUUUCCUGAUCGCCUGCACCGCGCCCUUUGUGGCUUUCUUUCACCAUGGUUAUGCCAAAUCAACAUGCAACAUAUAUGAUCCAUUUUCUGAUGAUCUGACAAGUCACCUGACCAACCAGUUCAUGCAGAGAAAGAACCCCCUGUACAAUGAAAUGAAGGAGGAAACAAUCUGGUCCAUGGAACAAUUGAAUGACUAUAUUAAUAAGAGGUAUAUGAAAGAAAGGCAUCUUCCAAAGGACUGGGUCUUCACUGUUUUUGCAAGGAGAAUGCAGGAGAUCAUGACAAUAUGCUUCAAUAUUGCCAAGAGCAAACUGGAUUCUAAACUGGGCUACUUUGACCUCUUGGGCUGUGACUUUAUUGUUGAUCAAAAUUUCAAGGUCUGGUUACUUGAGAUGAAUGCCAAUCCCUCUUUACAUAGACAUUGCUCAGCUCUCAAAGCAAUCAUCCCUCAAUUAGUGUAUGAAGCUCUUGAUGUGGUAAUUGAGAUAUUCAAAAAACGUAGUAAAGGAGCUUACGCUUUACCACUUCAGUCACUGAAAGAGUUCGUCCUAAUAUACAACGAUUGCCAUCAGGACCAGAUUCCAAGACCAAUAAGAGUUGGAGGGACAUCUCCAACAAUUAAGCAACCUUCCCAGCUGUGUCCACAUACUUUGAAACGCCCGGUAAGAAAGUCCUUGAGAAAACCAUCAGCAAUUAGAUCACUCUCAGAUCAAGUGGCUGUCGAAAUGAAACCCCUUCAGAAAGCCGUUUCAUUGCUAACCCAUGGUCAGCUACCAGUCAUCGCCCAGAUACAGAGCUUGUACUGUGCAGAGUCCAAAGCUAAAACCAACCCCUUCUCAAGAAAUCAGACUGCCUCUUUGGAAGGAUGGAAUCAACUGCAAACCAAUGUUUCCAAACCACUGAUGAUGACUACACCAUUUGUGUCUGGACUCAACAAGAGGUUUGCUGUAAUUCAUCAACAAAGUAAGAGCAUGGAAAGUAGUCUACUCUCUAAGUAG